GCGGCGUCAGAUCUGAGCUCACUUCCGCCGGCUUGAGUGGGAUCCCGAUGCUACCCGUCCCUCACCGCUUUUGUUCUCCCAUUCCCGUCCAGUCAGUGCUGCUGCAAAGACGGGACCUCCAGUCAGCUGAGAGGAGAAAACAAACCCUCACUACAAGUAGCGGAGACGUCCGUCGCAGAAACGCCCCGGUAGCCACAUGCAAAGCUCCGCGCGCACAGAGGCUCCGCGACACUCGGUAGUUACAUAACUGGACUACUUUUUUUUUUUUUUUUUCUAUUAUUUUUGGGAUUUUUCUUAUUUAUUUUUUUGGUUGCACCUAAAGUGACUCCCCCCACCCCACUACCACCACCCCCCACCCCCCCCAUCCAAACUCAAAAUGGAGAACGAAGACAAAUAUCUCCCCGAGCUGCUGGCGGAGAAGGACAGCCUGGACUCGUCGUUUACGCACGCCAUGAAACUUUUAAACGCAGAAAUCGAUAGAAUCCAGAAAGACGAGACUAAAAAGGAGGUAGACGCAUACCUGGACCUCUUCACAACAAAGAACAUCAAACUUAAGGAACGGGUGCUGAUACCUGUCAAACAGUACCCGAAGUUCAAUUUCGUGGGGAAGAUUUUGGGGCCUCAGGGCAACACAAUCAAACGUCUGCAGGAAGAGACCGGAGCCAAGAUCUCCGUGCUGGGCAAAGGAUCCAUGAGAGACAAAUCCAAGGAGGAGGGGAUGAGGAAAGGCGGGGAGCCCAAGUACGCCCACCUGUCCAUGGAGCUGCACGUGUUCAUCGAGGUGUUCGCCCCCGUGCCAGAGGCCUACCUGCGCAUGGCGCACGCCAUGGAGGAGGUCAAGAAGUUCCUGUUUCCAGAUAUGAUGGAUGAUAUCUGCCAAGAGCAGUUCAUGGAGAUGGGCUACCUGAACGGAGGCCAGGAGCACGGUGCCAGAGUCCGAGGGGGCCCUCCGGUCAGGGGCCGCGGAGUGCCUCCUGGUGGAGCACACAGGGGACGGGGAAUGCCACCUCGCGGUGCUCCCGCCAGGGGAUGUGUGGCUCGCGGCGGCCCAGCCAGAGGUGGAGCAGUGAGGGGCGUGCCAGCAGGCCGAGGAGGACCCCCAGUAGCACCAUCCAGGGGAGCCUCGGCACCCCGUGCCAGGCCCCCGGCGUCCGGACCCCCGCAGAGGAUGGCACACCCACCCCCCCACCAGCACACCCCUGCUGCAGCCGCUGAUGGCUACGAGGAUUAUGGCUACGAUGAGAGCUACACAGACACGGCCUACGAGUCAUACGACAGCUAUUACAGUCAGCCGCAGGCGUGAGUGAAUCAGACGUCUCUUUGGUUUUCACCUGCUUCUCGCGGAGCGCGCGCACACACACACACACACACACACAC